GGAAGGUGAGAGUGGGGAUCAGUGCCCAGCUCUGGGCACAUCUCUCCGCCUCCUUUUCUAACCUCCCCCCGCCCCCUUCUUCCGGGGGAAGCUGCUGUUGUAUAACCCUGUUUUAUAACAGGCGGCUGGAGAGCAUCUGAGAUUGACUGCACCUUUCCUCAAGUUACAGGAGGCGCGAACAUGGCCAAAAGGAAAGGGUCAAAAACCCAAAGCUCAACCCAGGCUACCUGCAAAAGAUUGAAGAAGGACUGCAGCAGAACUAAACCUGUCAGAGAGGGCCCAGUGAAGUGUGCAAAGCAGCUGCCUCCUGAUGACAGCCAGGAUUUUGAACCUGAAAAGCCUCUGGCAAAGCCUAAACGUUGUGGAAGGGGCACAGCAAAGGCGGACGCCAGCCUGAGCCCUCAGGGGAAGAGCGCCAGAGGAAAGAAACUGCCGAAAACCAGAGAGAGAAAAAAAUGCCCUUCAGUCAAAGAAGAAGGCAGUAAAGAGAUACAACGUGCUUCAGCUACCACUGGGAGGUCGAUGGAUGCAGCAAAACAGCAGAAAGAAACUAGCUCCCAGGAAGAUGACAGUACAGAGGAUAGUGAAGAUGAGUGGGAGGAAGUGGAAGAGCUCCAGACCUCUAUGCCAGAAGAACCAUCUGCCACUCCAUUUCCUGAAUCCACCAUCCCUGCAAAACCACUCGAGAUUGAAAUCGAAAGCCCAGCAUAUGCCAAGAAGAAAGAGAGAAGAGAGAAGAGAGAGCUACAGUUUGAGGACUAUCUGCGUCGAAUGAUAAACCGUUUUACUCGGAACCUACGCAUUGACAUUCACAAGGUGCACCUUCUGUGUUUGCUGGCCAACGGUAUGUUCCGGAAUAGGAUGUGUAAUGAGCCGGAGCUUCGGGCCUUGGCACUGUCCCUGGUACCUGCCGAACUUGCCAACGUGCCAGCUGGUUGUGUGCAGAUUGCAUACAUCUCUAAACUGCUCAAGUGGUUUGUAUCAUCAUUUGAGAUUGACACUUCUCUCCCCAACAAUGCAGCAGACUCUCUUCUCAUGGUGCUGAAGAGGAGAUUCAGCAGCCGUUCCGCAAGGAGUGAGCAAGAAAUGGUUCAUUUGUUUUUAAUCACCCUUCGAACUCUCCCCUUGGCAUCACGCCUUGUGACUUCACUGCAGCCUGUUCCAUUUAAAGAAGAUUCAAAAGCGAAGAACGUGAGGGACAGCAAAUCUAAAGAUAAUUCCCGAAAAACUGGUAAUUCAGCACCAGACACUAAACAAGAGUCUGUGCCUGAGAAAGGAGCAAAUGGGGGUGUUGUAGUUAAACUGGAGAGGGAGCAAGAUGGUGCAGUGAAGAUGUGCACUGAGAGAGAAGACAAGGCUCACGCUGCAUCUAAAAGGAACCCAGCAGAACAUGCAAAAGGGAGGGGAACUGCUAGAAGGAGAACUAAAAAUGUCAAAAAUCUUGAUAGAGGUUCUGCUGAAUCUGGAUUUGAGGAUGAGGAGUACCCACUAUCCAAAACAUCUGUCUCUCCAUGGCCAAAGAAUGACCGCCGACGGAGAGUGGCUUCAAAAGUAUGUUACAAGGAACAGGACUCUGAAGGAGAUGAUGGUAGCGAUUCUGAUUUUGAUGUUGGCGAUGGUUCUGAUUCUAACAGUAGUUCAGAUAGAGAUAAAAGGAGAAAGCGAAUCUCUUCACAAAUGAAGUCUCCCCAAGGUAAGCAAACAGUUGUGUCUUCAGUUUUCAAGACUCCAAAGUGUGAGGACAGUGAGGAAGAUGAUUUUGAGAAUAUUCCAGCGAAAACUAAACCCAGUAAGAGGUCUUCAAAAUGCAACAAAACCGAACGCAGCAGCAAAGGUGAAAGAAUGAUUAGUAAGGUGUCUCUAAAUUCAAAAGGCUCAGAUCAAUGGAUUGAGGUUUAUGUAGAGGCAGAGAAGAAGUGGGUAGCAGUUGACUGUAUACGCAACACUGUAAACCAACCGGAACUCUGCGCUAAACUUGCUUCCAAACCACUCUCCUACAUUGUCAGCUUUGACACUGAGGGUUGUGUGAGAGACGUCACCCAGAGGUAUGAUGUAGCUUGGAUGACCACAACAAGGAAACACCGUGUUGACUCGGCCUGGUGGGACCAGACUUUGGCAGCCUACAAAAGCAGCUGUACAGAGCGUGAGAGAAAUGAAGACCAGGAGAUGCAAGCCAAGAUGCUCAGCCAACCGUUGCCCAUGUCUGUAGCCGAGUAUAAACACCACCCUCUCUACGUCCUGAAAAGACAUCUGCUGAAAUAUGAGAUCCUCUAUCCUCCAACAGCAGCAAUCUUGGGCUACUGCAAGACAGAGGCCGUGUAUUCAAGAGACUGCGUGCACACACUUCAUUCCAAGGACAUCUGGCUGAAGGAAGCCCGUGUGGUGAGAGAUGGAGAGGUCCCCUGUAAGAUGGUGAAAAGCCAAUCAAAUCGAGCACGGAAAGCCCGAUCGGCCAAUUGGGAAGAUCGAGACAAGGACGAUCUUGGACUUUUUGGCUACUGGCAAACGGAGCCCUUUUCUCCACCAAGUGCUGUCAAUGGGAAGGUCCCCCGCAAUGAUUUUGGAAAUGUCUAUCUCUUCAAGCCCUGUAUGCUUCCCAGAGGCUGCAAGCACCUGAGGGUUCCCAACAUCAACCGAGUGGCUCGGAAACUGAACAUCGACUGUGCAGGGGCAGUCGUUGGAUUUGAUUUCCACUCGGGUCAUUCACAUCCUGUUAUUGACGGGUACAUUGUGUGUGAAGAGCAUGUUGAGAUCUUGUUGGCGGCUUGUCAGGAAGAAGAGGCAGAAAUGGAGAGAAAAGAACAAAAGAAGCGAGAGCAGCGUGUAAUGGGUAACUGGAAGCUGUUGGUGAAAGGCUUACUGAUCAGGGAAAAACUGAAAGCUCGAUACAAUGUCAAGGAUGACUCAGCUCAGGACGUGGGGGGAGACAGCUCAGUUGAGGGGAAAGCUCGCAGUGACGCCACCCCAGUCACUGAUAUAACCUCUUCAUGGCCUUUGAAUCGGCAGGAGGAGGCCGUGAAGGUGACGGCGAAGGCGAAGAGCCGGAAACAGAAGAAAGGAGACGAUAAGCACCUCUUCCCAUUUGAGAAGCUGUAACAGCGAGUGGGGGCUGCCCACAUCACGGUCUGAGAGGCAGGAACCUCUUGUCUCACCUCUAGCAACAGAAUGGGGGUUCAACCCCCGACACCUUCGGGGGCCAGGCUGCCCUGGAGACUGCUCGGGGAACCCUGUAGCUAGAUUAUCGCAAAACAAACACACUCUGCCUUAUUGCUUUUAGUUACAGUUUGCAUAGAUUAGACAGACAACCCAUAAGGAGCUGGGAGCCUGGAGGGAUUGUGGAGGAGAGGGGUGUGGCAGAGGCGAUGGGUCUGUGGCGGUGGAGGGUGGGCUUCAAUCCAGUUGGUCAAGGUGCCAGCACAGCUCAGAGCCCCCAGCAAAGUCAUUAACCAGAUGGUAACUGGAUGACCAGGGAACCCCUUUUCCACCGACAAGCUACAAAGCCCAAGAGGACAAACCAUAUUCCAGUUACAAAAGCAGAAAUUACUGGGAAAACUCAGCAGGUCUCGCAUUGUAUUCCACUGUCUUCCUUUGUGUGCACAUCCAGAAUGUGACUUACCAUCAAGGACCAGGUUCUGUUCAUCCUUCUGAAUGUGCAUGGAAAUGGACGAGUGAUGAGGGUUGGCUGUUUUCAAAAGGGGCACUGGGAACUGAAAUGAAGGCUGGGUUAUUGAUGCAGCUGGGAACGCGCCGGUUUGAAUUUUCUACCCCUGGACAGCUGGGCCUUGGAGUGUGGUUGCCUUUCAGAGGGAUAGUAGGGGAGAGUCUAGCUGAUCUCUGGAUGGUGACAGAAUGGACUGCAAAGAGUAUUCAGUGUGCAACACCAAGCAGCUCCUCGGGGCUUCACCAAUCACUCAUCUGUGCUGAGUGGUACUCACUUGCACAUGUUCACACAUGUUUCUGAGUGUGCCUGAUGGAGCUGGGUGACAUUAGAAGUUUGCAGCUGCUAAAAUUGAAGAGUAAUGUCUGAUAGCGGAGAGGGUGUUAGCAGAGAGCUGAGUGUUAAAAGGAAAAAUAUCGAAACAAAGAGAACCAACAAAAAGUGAGAGUAUCAUUUACUUUCCCAAUCAGCAGAUUUUUUAAUGUCUCUAUUCAAUCACUGUCCAAUGACUACGUGUGUAUCUUCUCCCUAAGGCCCAUGAUCCUGCUCAUUGUCAGAGUUCUCAUACCUCUCCACUAACGUAGCUUGUUGACAGUCAGAUUUUUUAAUGUUUUGGCAUUGCACACUGACAGGAUAUUCCACUGCAGUUAGCUUCACAGCCUAACCCUUGAUCCUGUUCUCGGCCCAAACGUACAAGUGAACCCUCUUCAAACACAUGAUUGUUUGGCAACAGUUCCAACUGUCCGUCCUGUCUUCCCCACCAUGUCCUUACCCUCUGCCUGUGGCAGGAGGUAAAGACAACCCAGACAGAGUUACAGUAACUGAGCAAGGAUCUGCAGUGGAUCUGAUGCUUGCAUGAAAGUGAUUUUCAGUUCAAAACAAAGAUCUCCCUUCGCAGCUCCCACCUGCAAAAAAAAAACAGGCUCUGAAACUGUUUAAGAACUAUCCAAUCCGGUUUGUGAUCUGUGUAUAUUCUGUACUAUUGACUUUUGUACCUUCUUUGUGGAAAAUAAAGUGCUGAUUUGUAAUAAAA